CCGUGAUUCAACCGAAAAUCAUCCACACUCACCAGAAGGCUCAGCCUUACACUUGCCCAAUCUCACGCCCAGUCCCGCGCUUGAACUCGGCAUUGCCAUUGACCUGCGGCGCACUCCUCGCCGUCCUCGCCGUUUUCGCCGGCCUCGCCUGCCACCCAAGACGACCGCUUAGACUCAAUUGCGCCACCUAAUACAUUGCUCCUACUACACGUCUUGUACCCGCGGCGCGUGGCAACUCACGACAAUGGAUCUCGAUAUUGAAAUGGACGUCGAUGACGUCCAAGAUGUGCCGAUUCCCGCGGUUCCUCAAGCCUACACCAAUGAUAUUAUCACUGGAGAGGAACAAGAACCUGGCGAGGUGGAGGAGGCUCUGGACGACCGGGCCACCGGCGACGUCUCCGACAAGGCGCUUGUGCCGUACAAGGUUCAUCUCAGAGGUCUUGACACGUUCAAUCCGGACGACGUCAAGGCCUAUCUAGCAGAGCACUACAGCACCAGCCAGUUCAACCGGAUCGAGUGGAUCGACGACACAUCGGCCAACCUUAUCUUCAAAUCCGAGUCAGUUGCUCAGGAGGCGUUGGUUGCGCUCGCGGCAGUAGACAUUGCCGACCCAACGCAGCUGCCUCCUCUCGAGGACAUCCCUGCCAAAAGCUAUUCGAAGAAGCCAGAGUCCAUGCUGCGGGUUCGCGUUGCGGUCGCUGGGGAUAAGAAAGUUGCGGGUGCCGCCGAGCGCAGUCGGUUUUACCUACUCCAUCCGGAGUAUGACCCGGAGGAACGCCGACGACGGGGCGAGUUCAGCAGGGGCAAGUACCGGGAUCGAGACGACCGCUACCGGAGAGACAGGCGAGGCGGCAGACGGCGAAGUGACGAUGACGCAGAGCCAUUCGACGUCAACUUGUACGACGAUGACGCAUCAGCUCGAGCAACGCGGACUCGGAGGCGCUCAACCUCGAGACGGCGAUCGGCAUCCAGCUCUUCGGAGACUAAGCGAGCAUCCUCACGCAUCCGGCGGAACCGCGAGAAAGAGCUCUUUCCCGGGAGGACGUCUGGGGGCGGCGCUAGCUUACGCGAUCGGUCGGCUUCUCCGCCAAGAGAUCGCGACGGGGAUGCCGAGAUGGAUCUAGACGAGGACGCACGGGCGGCCGCCGCGUUGCGUAGCCGGGAGAGAGGGCGGUCGAUCAAGGAGCGCCUGCUACGGGACAACAGCGCUAAGGAGCUCUUCCCGUCCAAGGUCUCUAAUAAAGCGAAAGAGUUGUUCCCAGACAAAGUCAGUUCGUCCUCUAGCGGAAAGGCGCAGAUGGACCAAAUUAGCGAAACCACGGUCCUUGCGAGUGCAAGUCUUGCGGAUCGGAUUACUCCGCGACCUACCACAGCCGCUUCAGGUGGCUUCAGCAUACGCGGCAUGGCCAGUAAGCGCGGCAACGACCCGGGCAUUGCCAUUAAAGGCACCGGGCCCAGCGUUAAGGAGUUGUUCCCCGAGAAGUUUGGGAACGCGGGCAAGGAACUUUUUGCCGAAAAACUUGAGGGUCGGGGCAGAAGGAGACAACGGGCGGAGGACUCGUUUUACUGAUUGUAAGGAACGGGAGGGAGGGGCAUCCAGAAUCACUUGCUCCCUAUCGGUAGCAGCAGCGCCGUCGUCCUACGAGGAAUCCCGCAUAUAUGGCCUCGACAGCCACUACGAUUCAUUCCGUCGUUUCUGGUCUUCUUUCUUUGCCUGCAACA